UAUUUUCUUUCCGGUUGUUAGCUCCUGCCGGCCCCUCCCUGACUGGGCCCUGCGCCCCCCGCCCCCGCGGCCCCCCGCCGCUGGGCCCGCCACCACCAUGAAGAAAUUCUUCCAGGAGAUCAAGGCCGACAUCAAAUUCAAGAGCGCGGGGCCCGGUCAGAAGCUCACAGAGUCGGUGGGGGAAAAGGCCCCCAAAGAAAAGCCCAACCAGCCGGCGAUCCGGCAGCCCCGCCAGGGACCCACUGAUGAGGCGCAGAUGGCGGCCGCGGCAGCCCUGGCCCGGCUUGAGCAGAAGCAGCCCAGGGCGCGGGGCCCCACGUCACAGGACUCCAUCCGGAACCAGGUGAGAAAGGAACUUCGAGCUGAAGCGACUAUCAGUGGGAACCUGGACGCCCUGGGGACCAACACGGUGCCUGAGCCCAAAGAAGAAGGCUCGACCCACCUGGCGGUGCCCGGAGUGUACUUCACCUGCCCGCUCACGGGGGCCAUCCUGAGGAAGGACCAGCGGGACACCCGCAUCAGAGAGGCCAUUCUCUCGCACUUUUCCACCGACCCGGUGGCUGCCUCCAUCAUGAAGAUCCACACCUUCAACAAGGACCGGGACCGGGUGAAGCUGGGCGUGGACACCAUCGCCAAGUACCUGGACAACAUCCACCUGCAUCCCGAGGAGGAGAAGUACCGGAAGAUCAAGCUGCAGAACAAGGUGUUCCAGGAGCGCAUUAACUGCCUGGAAGGGACCCACGAGUUUUUUGAGGCUAUCGGCUUCCAGAAGGUGUUGCUUCCAGUCCCUGACCAGGAGGGCCCUGAAGAGUUCUACGUGCUGAGCGAGGACGUCCUGGCCCAGCCCGAGAGCCUGGAGCAGCACAAGGAGCAGCUGCUGCGCGCCGAGCCCGUGCGGGCCACGCUGGCCCGCCAGCGCCGGGUCUUCCGGCCCUCACCCCUGGCCUCCCAGUUUGACCUGCCUGCAGACUUCUUCAACCUCACAGCCGAGGAGAUCAAGCGGGAGCAGAGGCUCCGGUCGGAGGCCGUGGAGCGGCUGAGCGUGCUGCGGACCAAGGCCAUGCGCGAGCGGGAGGAGCAGAGGGAGCUGCGCAAGUACACGUACACGCUGCUGCGCGUGCGCUUCCCCGACGGCUGCCUCCUCCAGGGGACCUUCUAUGCCCGGGAGCGGGUGGCGGCACUGUACGGGUUUGUCCGGGAGGCCUUGCAGAGUGACUGGCUGCCUUUUGAGCUGCUGGCCUCAGGUGGGCAGAAGCUGUCCGAGGAUGAGAACCUGGCCUUCAAUGAGUGCGGGCUGGUGCCCUCAGCCCUCCUGUCCUUCUCGUGGGACACGGCGGUGCUGGAAGACAUCAGGGCCGCGGGGGCCGAGCCGGACUCAUCUAUCCUGAAACCUGAGCUCCUGUCGGCCAUUGAGAGGCUCUAGUGAAAUAAAAGCAGGGUUGGCUUCA